CGUCACACCGCUACGUCACGGCGACCCUACGAAUUUGCCGCCAAAACUCGCGGACUACAAUCGUCACACUGAAAGUAGUGCACGCUUUUGCGCGGGAAAUUUGAACUUUGUCUAUGGUUUAUUUUUUUCUACAGGACUGUUACAAAAGGUCAUACUGCCAAAUGUAACUUUUUAAUUUGGACUUUUUUGGUAAUUUGUGAAGUUUUUGAAUUGGCGGGUGACGGGUUGAUGUGUGCGGGCGAGAGGGGCGAUAUGGAGAGUCCGGGUGAGGAGACGGGACGGAGCGCACCCCCCGCACCGCACACCCCCGCCGCCCCGCAGCCCAACGGCUCCAAUAAGAUCAUCGGACGCAAUGUGAAUGGAACCAUGGUGGUGACGUCAGCUCCGGCAAACGAGGCUGAGCUACAGUUGUACAGAGUAAUGCAGAGGGCCAGUCUGCUCGCCUACUACGACACGCUUCUCGAAAUGGGUGGUGAUGACGUACAACAGCUUUGUGAUGCUGGAGAAGAGGAAUUUCUAGAAAUAAUGGCACUAGUCGGCAUGGCUUCCAAACCCCUCCACGUGCGACGUCUCCAAAAAGCAUUACAGGAGUGGGUCACGAAUCCCGCCCUAUUUCAAAUACCCAUAGUCCCUAACCUUUGUCCCACUGAAAACCCAUUUAUGCAAUGCAACCAAAGAUUACUGAACAUGCCCCCCACAAUUCCUUCCGUCCUGCCGCGUACAGUGGCUUCACCGGAAAGUAACCGGCCGAUGUAUAGUCCAUCGCCUGGAGCACCAGAAAACAGCUGCGGUUCCAACGCAUCAGCGCCAAAUGCGAGCCCAGUGCACCAAGCGACCACAUUCACCAAAAUUGUCCUACCGUCCUCCCCUGCGCCAGCUACUCCUGUCACAUCAACAGUUUCUAGAUCCUUCUCACCGCAAAGUGCCUGUCCUCCAGCUUCAGCUGGAUCUAGCCCGAACUCUGUGACGUCACCGGUCCAAUUAACACCAGUACUUCUAGAUAUUCAUGUGCAAAAGUUGGCGGCAGCUGCGGAGAAGUUGAGUAAACAUUUACCGCAGUUGGAGCCAAAACCACAAAACACGAAGAAGAAGAUGUGCAAAGAUUUGGAGCUAGUUAUGAUGAUGCCCGAGUCAGAUCCUCGGAGGAUGGAGGAGAUUAGGAAGUACGCAGCGAUAUAUGGCAGGUUUGACUGUAAAAGGAAACCUGAGAAGCCGUUAACGCUACAUGAGGUGAUGGUGAAUGAGGCGGCGGCGCAGAUGUGUCGGUGCGUGCCAGCGCUGCUGACGCGGCGCGACGAGUUGUUCCCGCUCGCGAGGCAACUCGUACGUAGGGCUGGACUACACUAUUCUAAACAUGGGCUACCACCUUCAGCUAUAUGCGAGGACCGUGAUGAUGAGGAGACGCCGAGCAAACGGCCGCGGCAGGUCGCGCCAACCACUCACGAAGGCGAGGAAGGCAAUGGAGUUCGGGCAAGUCCUGAUGCAGCCAGGAGCAACUCCAACCAUAGUUGGUGGGGAGUCAAAGCGGAGAGUGAUGACGCUGAUUCCAGGUGCUCAUACUCCAGCACCAGCACGCCGCCACCUGAGGCAGAAGAAUCUCGGCCUCAAGUGGUUGCGGCCCGCGGUGACAGCAUCAUAGCUGUCGCCAACCCCGCGCUACAGCCGCCACAUCCUGCACGCAAUCAUUCCAACUGACUCACCAUCCAAC